AUGAACGAUAAGAUACAAGAGAACGGAAGUACGAAAACUAGUCUCAAAAGUCGAUCAGCCUCAAAGAAACCGCUGAAAUUUAAGAGCCCUGUGUACUCUGAAGAUUAUGCAGGUCAAAAUGGUAGCAAGUCCCCCUCUCGGGCAACAAAAAACACUCUGGUCAAAGAAUAUAGCUCAGAAGUAGGUGCAAAAACGAAUAGGAUACAAGCUCCAAGGAAUUUAGGCUCACCAAAGCAUCAAAUUACACAGCAGACUUUUUCAGAUCAAGUUAUAGAGCUUAAAGAUCUGACUGAUGAAACCCCAGAAACCCAGCUCGACAUUUAUGAAAAAUCUCAAAUCUCGCCCAAUUUCCAUUACACAGAUACCCAGCCUCCAAAGGAAAAGAAAAAAGGUGUCUCUUUUCUCAGCCGAUUUACAAUCAAGAGCGGUAAAAAAAAAGAUCAAUCUGAAUAUCCUGAAGAUUCUGAAGUGGAUUAUCCAUGUACCGAGGGUGUGAAUGCUCAUGUAUUUUCCUCAACUGUCGGUGCGAAUGGAUUCAUUCCACAGCACAAGAACCCACCGAGCUAUAUCAAGGUUCUAACACGUUUCAAAAAGAAUCGAGAGUUCAAUCACAUGUUUCUAGCGCAGGAACUUAGUUGUAGUAAAGAAAUUAUUAAUGAGAAUUUAGACGACCCUCUUUCAGAUAAAAACGACGCUGGAGACCUACCUAAAUCCGAAAAAGCUAGGAACCCAACUGGGGCAAUAUGGGCUAUGGAAUUUAGCGUUGAUGGACGGUAUCUUGCUGCCGCUGGUCGCGACAAGAUUAUCAGAGUUUGGGCUGUGCUAUCGACCUCCGAAGAGCGUCGCAAUCAUGAAAGCGAAGAAGAUAUGAUAUCAGGUGCUUCCGGCGGAGAACGACUAAGUGCACCUGUACUAAGAUCAAAGCCAAUACAAGAAUAUAGCGGGCAUACUGGUGAAAUCCUGGAUAUCAAUUGGAGUAAAAAUAACUUCUUACUUUCUUCGUCCACGGACAAAGCUGUUAAACUUUGGCACCCUUCAAGGCAAGAGUGUCUUUGUACAUUUGAGCACAAUGAUAUCGUGACAUCUACCGCUUUCCAUCCCACUGACGAUCGAUUUUUUCUAGCUGGCUCACUCGACUCUAUUCUAAGGCUUUGGAGUAUUCCCGAAAGGAAAGUAGCUCAUUCUUGUGAAUUUCCGGAUCUGAUAACUGCUGUAUCAUUUACACCUGACGGGAUGACAGCCAUUGCUGGUGGUAUGGGCGGAUUAUGCCAGUUCUACGAUAUAGAUCCAGAUGAUGGGUUAAAACUGAGCAACCAACUUUAUGUCCGCUCAUCACGUGGCAAGAAUGCAAAAGGAAGCAAAAUUACCGGAAUCAGACCCUCUUUCUUUCCUCCAGAGCAUCCAGACGCCGGAGAAUUAAAUAUCCUUGUCACAAGCAACGAUUCUCGUAUACGGUUAUAUCACUUCAAAGAUAAGCGGUUAGAGAUGAAAUUCCGAGGUCACCAAAGUACCUGUAGCCAAAUUAAUGCCAGCUUUAGUGACGACGGCCGCUAUGUAAUAUGUGGUAGGAAAAUAAGUACAACAGACUCGGAAACUAAGGAAAAGCCUCCUGUAGAAAUAUUCAAUGCUCAUUCCAAUAUCGUCACUACAGCAAUUAUGGCUCCAAAAGCUACCAGGCGGCUUCUCUCGGCUUCUGGCGAUCCUAUUUACGAUAUCUGUAAUCCCCCCCCUGUCACUCUCUUGAGUCGAAAGGAGCAUAGCAUUUCUGUAUCCGAGGACCUUGAUAUACGACUCGUAGAUCAUUUAAACUCAAAACAGAUUGAGGAGUCUCCAGUUUACCUUGCUAGAACCUCACAUACUGAUGGUCCUAUCAUUAUAACUUCAGACGAUCGUGGAUCUGUCAAGUGUUUUCGCAUUGAUUGUGCGUUCGAGAGACGUCAUCAGUGGGACACCAACUCAACAUUUUCGAAAAGGAGAUCAUCCUCUCGCCGUGCCAAUAGUAUCACCACUAAGACUCCAAACAGUUCUCGGCACAAUUCCCAAUCUUCUUUAAAUCUAUCUAUCUCGACUUCAGUAUAUAAUGAACAUAUUCUAUCUUGGCGUAGUAAUGUCAAGGAUGAUUGUAGCUCCUUUGAUAGCGAAAAAAGUUCUUCUCCCAGGAAGUCUACGCACAUUAAUUCUCAAACAUCAUCAAUAUCGCAGAUCGAAGGAAAUAUUAAAUAUUUGUCUACUUCGAAUACGGAGUCGAUGGCUCUCAAUACCGAUGUUUCCGUUCCAGUACCCAUCAUCCGUGCAUGUACUUUACCCCCGUCACCGGGAUUCAGCUUUAAGAAUGAACCUAUUAAAGAGCAGGACUUAACUACGCCGUUAAGCAAGCCAGGCUCUUUUUGGAGUAUUUCUCAUUGGCGCUCAUCUUUCGAUAACGGUAACAUGUCUCAUAAUAAUCAAGGCAAAUUUAGACCAAGAGACGGUUUGGUGAGAGAGCUGUCUGGGGUUGAAGAAGAAGUGCAGGGAGACUACACGGAAGCUUUUCGGGGAAAAUCUGCAUCUUGCCACAUCAAGGAGGAAUCAUAG